AUGAGUUCGGAGAGGACGCAUCAUUCACCGAGAAAAGAACACGGAGGAGGAACCGGUGUCGGGGUGAACGCUAUAAAACCGGCGAAACCACCGAGAGACGCGUCUUCCUCCGCGGGGAAAUUAUCGAAUUCCUCCAGCAAAAACAACGGCAACGACACCAUUCAUCACCAAAAAGGGGAAACGAUUUCCUCGGCGACUUUGAGCACCAACGCGACGACUGCGGAGAACAGAGGAGGAGGAGGAAGUGGUGGUGGUGCGAGUGGUGCCAAAGUUGAACAAACGCGCUCUCAUCAUCAUUACAGUCACCGCGACGUCCACCAUCAUCAUCAUCACGAAAAAUCCUCCCCGAACGAACGAAUCUUGAAAUCCAUCCACGAUUUAUACGAGCGAGGUCCGAACGGGAACCAACCAGGGUCGGUUGGGAUCCUCGAAAUCGCCAAAGAUCCACUCUUGAACGUGACGUGUUGGAAACCGAGAAAAAAAGUCUCCGUUUUGAUCAUUGGAAAUCAUUCCGCCGGGAAGAGCAGUUUUAUAAACUGGUACAUCGACGAGAGCAUACAGACGACCGGGGUGGCGAUCGAGACGAGAGGGUUUACGUACGUCACUUCCGGACGUAAGAGAGAGUCGCUGAAAGGAGACGCGACGUUUGCGUUUUACGACCACUUGGACGGGUUAGAACGGUUCGAAGGGAUACAGGCGAACGUGUUCACCGAGGUGAGCACUUCGAAGGAGAAGAAUUUUCCGGCGAUUGAUUUCAUCGACACGCCGGGUUUAGUGGACGGGGAGAUGGAGUAUCCGUUUGACGUUUCCGCGGCGAUUUUGUGGUUGGCGGAUCACGUGGAUUUGGUUCUGGUGUUUUUUGAUCCAAUUGGGCAGGCUUUGUGCGGGAGGACGAUGAAAGUUAUCGAGGCGUUGAACGAGAAACACGCGGAGAAGUUGUCGUAUUACAUGUCCAAAGCGGAUCAAGUGGAGAAAGAACACGAUCGACAGAGAGUGUUGAUUCAAAUCACGCAAAACUUAUCCGGGCGAAUUAAUAACUCGCACGCGUUCAAGUUACCGACAAUUUAUUUACCCAACGAGCAAAACUCAACCGCGAAUAUUCCAAACGCCUUGUCCGAGGUGUGCGAGGACAUCGACAAAGCGAUUCGGUUGACCGUGCAAAAAAAUCUCACCGCAAUGAAGGACGAUUGCGCGAGAAUCGAUAGAAAAGUAGUGGAGGUGUUAGAGGAGGAUAAGUUGAAGAGGGCGGAGAACGUGAAACGGUCGAUGCGCGGCGCGGCGUUGCUGGCGUUGUCGUGGGUGUUUAUUUUUUUCAUGACGUUCGUGGCGUUUGUUGAGUUGUUCGCGUUUCGAUUCGUCGGAAAUUUUGUUCGUCGUCACGUCAUGCCGAGAUGUAACGACUUUUUUGCGGCUAUUUUGAUGGGAAUGUUGCCGAGUGAAGUCGACGAGGUUGGGAGGAGUAAAUUUAGCGCCAUGCAACGUUGGGGAGGCGUGCGAAGACGAUACGUUUUCGGCGGCGCGUUGUUGGGGUAUAUUUUAGUCACGUACGUGAAGAACGUCGUGUGGACGCUGAAUAAAGUGUUGACGAAGAAAGAACAAGCGAGAAUGCAAGCGUAUAGGACGUAUUUGCAAGGGUUACUGAAGAUUCGCUCGAAUCUGUAUUCCGAGUACUUCAAACAGCUGCACACGCUUUAA